AUGUCAGCCUCUUUACCAGGCAGCCGAGAUCUGCCAGCAUCUCGACAUGACCUGAGCACGUACUGGGGCCGCGUGAAGCACUCCGCAGAAAUAGCCGAUCCGAGGUGAGAACAGAUGAAGCAACGAGACGACAUGAUCCGGCAGGGUCAGUGAUAUCUGCUUGUUAUGUCCGCAUCAUGAAGAAAAACAUCCAUGGACAGCGACAACAGUACUGACAGGCAAUCUUCAGGACACUCUUCACUUCCUCUACCGGUCUCGAGCAUGCCAAGAACUUGAUCGAGCAGUAUAAGCAGGGCAAGAUCCAGUCGAUGACGCCUGAGCUAUGGAAAGCAAAGAAGAUUGUCGACUCAACUCUUCAUCCAGGUCUAGCUCUCUAUCUCAAAUCUAGUGAAGAGAUUGCUGAUCUUCGACGUAGACACCGGCGAACCAGUCUUCCUACCCUUUCGAAUGUCUUGCUUCGUGCUCUCGAACUUGGUGGUUACGGGUGGCAUGCUGACACCAAAUCUCACGAACACUGGUACGAUUGCAUGGCAAGUGGCCAAUCAGUCGCUGAACGUCGGCAUCAAUUUCUCGAAUGCGAACAAGAGCACGCCAAUGACCACGUCAACGAUUGUCAAGUCCUACUUUCUGGCUGUAGGCGCAAGUUGCGGAGUAGCAGUCGGGUUGAACUCCAUCGUGCCAAGGCUGAAGAAUCUCAGUCCCGCGGCCAGGACAACACUCGGUCGAUUGGUUCCAUUCGCAGCAGUCGCCAGCGCUGGUGUGCUCAACGUCUUUCUUAUGCGCGGAGAGGAGAUCAGGCAAGGUAUCGACGUGUUCCCAGCGGAGUCUGAGGCCGCAAGGAAGAAGCGAGAAGAAGCAGAUCAACCCCUGCAGUCGUUAGGGAAGAGCAAGAAGGCUGCUACUCUGGCAGUUGGCGAGACUGCGAUCUCACGUGUGCUGAAUGCUACUCCGAUCAUGGUGAUCCCGCCGCUCGUUCUAGUACGACUGCAGCAAACUCAGUGGCUUAAGCAGAGGCCGCGGAUGGUACUUCCGAUCAAUCUGGGCCUGAUUCUUACCACGAGCUUGUUUGCGCUUCCUCUCGCCCUUGCGGCCUUCCCACAGCGACAGGCAAUUCAGGCCACGAAUUUGGAGAAAGAGUUUUGGGAGAAGGGGGGCGAAGAUGGGAUGGUGGAAUUCAAUAGAGGAAUAUAG